AAAUAAACCCCUUUCUUCUUCAUCAUCAUCUUCUUCCCUCUCAGUCGCUGUUGAUGUUGCAGAAGCUCUCUUAGCAAGGAGAGAGAGGUUGUGUGUCCCGCACACCCCCAGUCUCCCUUUUCUCUCGAUCUCUCUCUCUCUCUCUCUCUCUCGCUUAUCUUGCACCAUGCAGAACGAGGAGGGUGACAAUGUGGAUCUCUACAUCCCCAGGAAGUGUUCUUCCACCAACAGGUUGAUCACUUCGAAGGAUGUUGCUUCAGUUCAGUUGAAUGUGGGCCAUGUCGACGAGAACGGUGUUUACACCGGGCAGUUUACCACCUUCGCCUUGUGCGGGUUUGUUCGUGCUCAGGGAGAUGCCGACAGUGCAUUUGACCGGUUGUGGGCAAAGAAGAAGGCCGAGCUUGGGCAGUAGAUGGAAACAUAUUUCUUCUGAUGCUGUUAGAGUUUUAUGGAUAACGUCUCAUAGUUUUCCUUUAUCGGGGUGAGCUGUUUUCUAUGUUGAGAUUUUAAUUCCGAGAAAGAUUUUAUAUAUAUUCCGGUAUAUGAUUCACUGUGUAUGCCUUCUUUUGAUUGUAUUCUACUGCAGUAAGUUGAAAACCAACCUGCAGAGCAUUACUUGA